AUGCCUUCGCUUUACCGGGCUUGCCUCGCCGUGCCCGCCUUCUUGGCUCUUGCUCACGCACAAGCUGUCAUCGUUUCUGCAAAGGGUGACAAGGGAACGAGUCUGCCGCUUCAGGUCGACACUACCAAGUCCGACGCCAAUGUAAUAAAUACACAAGAGAUUACCGACAAUGUGGUCAACGAGUGCGGGAGGACCUUGCUCGCGGGUAACAUUGACAUUGGAGAGCAGACAGAGAUCCAGCUCUCCAACAAGACCGUGACUCAGGUUACCAAAGGCAGCAAAGUGGCAGUCACAAUCAACCAACUGACCGCCGAUGGUGCCGGUCCAUUUACAUGCGACAUGGAUCAGGCCAGCAAUAUCCAAGGUGCUACGGGUCAGACUCCUCUGGAUGUCACCGAGAAGGAUGCCGGAAACGGAGUCACACAGCUGACUGUGACCAUGCCACAAGACAUGACAUGCAUCGGUGCUUCGACCGGCAAUGUAUGCACAGUCAGAUGCUUCAACGCAGCAAAGGCUGGUCCGUUCGGCGGCUGCUUCGCAGUACAACAGACAGACGUUACUCCAAACCAGAACACGCCGCAGAACAUUGCUACGGCCCAGACACUCCAGGGAAUCACGGCCCAGGUCCUCCAGAACCAAAAGGACCUCGGAGUCGCCGUCAAGGCCAACGCAGACGCACCAACACAGGCUGACCAGGGCGUUCUCGCCGUGGAUGAACUCCUGAACACCGACUCGAAGGCUCAGGCCACCGCAGGCGCUGCUAAUGCGACAGGCAGAAAUGGCCAGAACAAGAAUGCAAGAGCCUUUGCUGCUUAA